UGUUUCUUUUUUUCUUUUUCGGGAAAGAACCUUGAAAGCCUCCGAUCCCAACGCGUAAGAAAACCCCAACAUUUUCGUUGUUUGUUUAUAGUCUCUCGCCCUCUCCCUUCUUUUCAUCGUGGACUCACCGUUUCCCUGUUGACUUACUGCUCAUCUUUCUUGGUCUUUGUCUCUGUUCAUUUUUCCUCUGUUAUCGUUACUUCAGGUUUAUGUAAACUCUCCUCAUCCUUACAAGCUAUUUUUGCUUGUCUAAGAAUUUCACUUAUCAAUCACAGAUCAUUUGAAUUUUCAUAAACAGAUUGGCUGCUGAUGUUCCCUUUGUUCAAAACCUGCUGAUCUGUCAAAGCCAGAGUGUAAGACAUCCAGGUGUUAUUUUGCUUGAAUCAAUAUUAGGAUUUUGGUAGUGCAUAGUCUAGAUUCUGAAACAAAUAAGUAAUGCUCUCUCUGUUUGAAAAUAAGCUGGAUUAGGUUUGUGUUUGGAGGUACAAAACUGAUAAGAGAUUUCUUUGUAGAUUUAAGUCAUAUGAAUAACAUUUGUCAGCUAAGCUUAUGUCAUUUGUUACUUAAAUCAUUCAUACCUUCCGGUUUUGAGUGUUUCAACUUCUUCCACAAGUGCUUCUACUUCUGAUACAGAAAAUGGUCUUCUAAUUCUACGUUGUGAAACUUCACAUUUCUUGGUCAACUGAUAGUGCUUCAGUUUUCACUUACAAGGAUAGCAUCAGAGCUUUGGAAUCAGCCAUUCCAUCUUAUGGCGAUUCCGUUUGUAAGGAGGCAUUUUGUAUGGGUCCUGACAUUUAAGCACCAGCACAAGUGAAGAAAGCCGGUGAAACCAACUUUCAUAAUUAAUAACAUGUGGAAGAGUUUGAGAGCUUACUGAGAAGUGUCAUCAACCCGUAAUUUAUUAUGGUCGUUCUAUCUGAUCUUCCAGAAGGAUCUUCAUCUUCUUCAUCAACUCAUGGUUAUAGUUCAUCAGCUCGUGUUCAUACUCCAUCCACUCAUGGUCAUAAUUCAUCAACUCAUAAUCAUAGAUAUGAUGUAUUUUUAAGUUUUAGAGGUGUUGACACUCGUCAUAGCUUCACUGAUCACCUUCAUAAGGCCCUCAUUGAUGCCAAUAUCAGUACCUUCUUGGAUGAUGAAGAGAUUGAAACAGGGGAAGAUCUGAAACCGGAACUGGAGAGUGCGAUUAAGGCAUCUCGGGCUUCUAUUAUCAUCUUGUCUAAGAAUUAUGCUUCUUCAACAUGGUGCCUGGAUGAAUUGGUGUUGAUCCUUGAGCAGCGUAUGACAUCCAACCAUAUCAUUGUCCCAAUAUUUUAUCAUGUGGAGCCCACCCAUGUCAGGAAGCAACAAAGUAGCUUUGGAGAUGCAAUGGCUAAGCAUAAACGGACAAUGGAGGCAGAGAUAAAUGCGGAUAAAAGAAGUCAAUUAGCUCAAAAGAUGAACCGAUGGAAUAAAGCGCUUACACAAGUUGCUGAUUUAAAAGGGAAUGACAUAAAUGGCAGUUUCAGGUUAGAGACGGAGUUUAUUGAAGAAAUUGUGAAGGACAUCCACUGUAGAUUACAUGUGCACUUAAGGAGUGUUGGACCACAACUUAUUGGGAUGAAUUAUCAUAUUAACUUUGUAACUUCAUGGUUAAAAGAUGGAUCCUCACAUACAGUAGACAUACUUACUAUUUAUGGUAUAGGUGGGAUCGGGAAGACAUCUUUAGCCAGACAUGUAUAUGGGCUAUAUUCUCAUGAAUUCCACAGAAGCAGCUAUAUUGAAGAUAUCACUAGAAAAUGUGGGGGAAAGUUUAAUGGGUUACUUGAUUUACAAGAAAAACUCUGCAAUGACAUUUCAAAAACAAGUUCAAUUAAAGUUCAUGAUGUUUCGGUAUACACCACAAAGAUACAGAAUGCACUAGCCCUUAAAAGGGUGUUUCUAUUUCUUGAUGAUAUCAAUACUCUUGUUCAGUUGGAUGCAUUACUUGGAAGCAAAGGUUUUCAUCCUGGAAGCAAAAUUAUAAUUACAACAAAAGACAGUUGGUUGACUGAGAGUUGUGCUUUAUUCAAAACAAACAUUAAACCCAAGCAUGAAAGGCAUUUACUUCAAGGCUUAGGUUAUAGUGCAUCGCUACAACUUUUGAGUUCUCAUGCAUUCGUGUGCAACCAACCCAAGGCGGGAUAUGAAGAGGUGUCUGAUAAACUUGUUAAGUAUUGUGAAGGACAUCCAUUGGCUCUUGAAGUUUUGGGAAAGUCUCUGCAUAAUCGAGAUGUAGCUUAUUGGGAAGGGUGCAUCGAAGGGUUAAAGAAAGAAAUUAGUUCCCCUAUAAAUAAUGUUUUAAAAAUGAGUUUCGACACCUUACCAUCCAAAAAUAAUAAGGACUUGUUUAAGUAUAUUGCUUGUUUUUUGUUGGAAUAGAUAGAGAUGUCACCGAAACAAUACUAGAGGCAUGUGAUAUAAACACAAGAUCCGGGAUCAUGAAUCUCAUUGACAGAUGUCUUCUUAGUAUUGGAUGGAAUAGUGAAUUGAAGAUGCAUCAGUUGGUUCAAGAGCUGGGAAGAUUCGAAGUACGUCAAGAGUCACUUGACAAACCAUGGAAGCGAAGUCAAAUAUGGUGUCAUAAGGAGUCAUUCAAAGUGUUGAAACAAAAAAAGGGUAAGGGAAAUCUUCUAGGCCUUACCCUUGACAUGCGCAUGCUUGAGAAAGAGAAGUUGGGUAUAUCAUAUGAGCUAAAAACAGAUGCAUUAAGUAACAUGGAUAAUUUGAUGCUACUGCAACUCAAUUAUGUGCACAUGAAUGGGUCUUUUGCAAACUUCCCAGAGGAAUUAAGAGCAAUAUCGAAUCAUUUGUCGGUUGUUAUAAUAAUCCACAACGGCUUGAAAAGAGGCAAAAGUUGGAUGGAUCGUGCUUAAAAGACAAAAGGUUGCUUGGAUCAUUAAAGAUUCUUAAUUUAAGCUUCUGUAAACAAC